AUGCAUUCUUCAACAACUAAUACAUUAAGAUUAAUAAGUAUAGUUCAAUCCACUAUGCGUAAAACUAUUAAUCGAACUUUAUUCAAUACAUUCACAACCAAACAAAUUGAAAAAGCGAAAGAUGCUCAUUCAAAUUUACUUACUGAUACAGAAAAUGUAUUCGAACUUCAACAUCAUACUGUUAAACCAAGUGCAAUGAAUGACUAUGAAUCCAUGUAUUGUGAUUAUGCGUCACAAAUCCUAGAUAAAUAUUCUUCAAAAGGUCUUGUUCAUACUGGCUCAUGGAGAGUACAUAUUGGCAAUGUUCAGAAUCAAUUUGUUCAUAUAUGGAUGUAUAAAAAUUUUACUCAUUUGGAUCAAUUUGUGAAUAAUGCUGAGAACAAUUCCAUUAAUGAUAAAUUAAAUCAAUAUGUUAUCGAACGUUCCAAUCAGAUAUGUCUUUCAUUUUCUUAUUUUGGCAUUCCUCAACCACGUGCAAAAUCAGACGAUGAAACAAAUCCAUACAUAUAUGAAAUGCGAUCAUAUUGGCUUAAACCAGGUACAUUAAUUGAAUGGGGAAAUUUAUGGCAUAAAGGCGUGCAAUAUCGACCAGAUGCAAAAGUUCUUGGUGUUUUUUCACAGAUUGGUGAUCUUUAUAAUGUUCAUCAUAUGUGGUCAUAUAAAAAUUUUCAACAUAGAAAACAAAUGCGUACUAAUGCAUGGGCUAAACCUGGCUGGUCAGAGAAUGUUGAAUUUACAGUGCCAUUAGUUCGUAAAAUGGAAUCAAAAAUACUCGUGCCACUGAAAAUCUCACCUUUGCAAUAA